AUGAGGGUCUCUGCUGCCAUUGCUGGCUGGGCUUAUGCCACCCUCUGCCUGGCUUCCUGCUCCUCUGCCUUUUCCCAUGGUGCCAGCUCGGGGGCCUGUGAGGACAUGCAGCCCAAGCACAUUCAAGCUCAGCCUCAGAACCCCAGGACACACCACAUCACUAUUCAUACCAGCAGACCUUUCUACUCACCAGGUGACACAGUUUCAGUGACGGUGAGAAGCAGUCGAGACUUCCUGGGAUUCCUACUUCAGGCUCGAAGAACGUCUGACGGUCGAACAGCUGGCAGUUUCGUUUUUGCUCCUCUUCAUUCCAAACCGAUGACUUGCUCUGAAGAGGCUGACACAGUCACCCACUCUGACAAGUCCCGGAAGAGAAACCUACCAUUCCAGUGGAAGGCACCUGCUCGGCCCGUGGGGGACAUCAGAUUCCUUUUAUCAGUAGUCCAGUCAUAUUUCGUUUACUGGGCAAGGAUCGAAUCAUCUAUUGUGUCUCAACAGACACAGAGCAGAGCCCUUUUCCAUGGCCGUGUGGAGCCCAGCUCGCCGAUGGCACCCCCUGGGCAGAGACCAGAGGGUACCGAAGGAACUGUCCCAGCUCCCAGACUCCCCCUCACUCUUCCGCGGCAGCUUGCAGAUACCUUUGCUGUGGCCCUCGCCGGAGCUGCAGGAGAGGACAGCUUAGAUCCUGUUCCUGCCAGUACUGGGGUGUCAGAGUUUUCUGGGGGUGAAGAAAUUCUGUUCCAACCAUCAUCACACACGGCUACUGCAGUCGGCAAUGGCCGGCAACCCAGCGGGGACCGCAACCCAACUCUAGAACCCUCCCUGGAUGUCUCUGAGCUGGAGAGGCUUGUAGCUCUCAGGAGCUCCUCCUCAGAGGGCUUUGCUUCCAGCCCUAUCACCCACCCCAGGACUCAGGAGAAUCCAAGCUUCGAUUCAUUGGAAACUUGCCUGCCCUCGGAUAUGGAUGAACAGGAGAAGAUGGAGGCCUCUAAUAAGACCGUGACAAGGCCUUCUCUGGACACUGUCCAUCAGACCCAUCCUUGGCGCCUCUGGUCCUCUGAAGCGCUUACUGGGAAUGGGGCUGGGGAAGCCACCCCAAGCCCUAUCUUCCACACCUCUGCCACUCCCAGGCCACCCAUUGCUGGUGGCCAGUCAGAGGUAUCAAGACCCUCUGCCAGCUUCUUGCCUCAGUCAAAGCACAAGGAGCCCAGAAUGGGGGAGGGAAAUGAAGAGGGUGGAGUGAGCUACCCCAGGAAGACCAACUCAAGGCCUGAGGCUGGGCAAGAAGAAGCUAGUGCUCCUUUGGGGGUUCAGCUUAGGACCCCCCAGCUGGGAAUCCUGCUCUGCCUUUCUGCUACCUUGGGCAUGGUUUUGGCUGCCGGCCUUUGCUACCUGCACACCCAGUAUUGCCACAGGCGGACGGAGGUGUCCUUCAGUGAGCCUGCCCGGGAUGCUGUUGCCAGGAGCGACGGGGAUGAAAUUGUGCAUGUCAGGCAGAUCGGGGAGAACAGUUUUGUUGUAGCUGACGGGGAAUACAACUGGCUUACUUCCUCUGUGGGCAGCCAAAAAAACAGUCCUCUGAGAAAUCCGUCGUCCCAGGCCUCUCAGUGACCUCCUUAGUCCCCGUAGAGUGUCUCAGCCAGAACAGAGCUAAUGAGAAUAGCUGAUGAGAACAGGGACCCACGGGGCUCCU